AUGCCUCGCCUGCACGGUUUAUCCAUAAGUGAUCGGAUGCCUGAUUUGUCUGUUGGCCUCUACGUUUUCAGCUGUUUGGGGCUUCGUCGAUAUGGAUUGUUGCUUCAUUGGGGACAUGUAGAUGUCGUGUGGCCCCUUCUCAGUGGUGUUCUUCGACCCCACAAAUCAUGGGCAAUGGGAAUUGGUUCUUACGUGGGGGUAUCUUUAAACUUAGUUACUCCUAAUAUGUCAACCUGUUUGUUGAAAAUGUCAAGAAUGUCAGCAUCGAUUUUGAGCACUCAUCGCCUGCGUCGCCUCUGUAUAGGUUGUGUUCUGUUUUUGCCUGAUUUCAUACUCGCCUCCUUGGAUCUCGAUGACUCCAAUGAUUCCGAUGAAAUCUCCCGUUUUGAUAAGCGGCACUCUGAUUGCUCUUCGCUAUCUAUGAAGGACGCCGCCGCUAUAAUCAAUUUAUGUCGUCAUAAUUUAACUGAGCUCAAGAUCAAGUUUUCGAAAUCGGUUGGUUUUUCUCAAGACCUGAUCAAGGCAAUCGGCGAUAUCAGUUCCCUCAAAGUCUUCAUGAUGCUUGGGAGUAAAUCACGUAAGGCCUACCAUGACUUCGGAUCCAUCACAAAGGUCCUCGACGUCACUACGAACGUCGAAUCAUUAUCGAUCGACUGUGGUUCUCUUGGCCCCUUGGAUAUCAAGGCGUCCUCCUUGCCCCGUCUGAUCCAUUUAUGGGCACCUCUUUAUCUUGAUACUCAUCAAUGUUUCAACGAGUUCGUGCGGGCGGAAGGCAGGGAUAUAAAGUUCCUCGAGUGUUUUUCGCCGGACGCGCAUGGUCUUUGUGGUUCUAUGAUAGUGGGGUUGAACCACUGUCUUGAGAUACUUUUUGUUGAUUCAGUACCUGAUAACCUUAGUCGCGUUGUGCUGGACACCCAUUUCCCGAAAUUGAAGGUGAUACGUAGCAUUUAUAGUACUACUUAUGUUGGUAACCUGGCGUGGUUCCAAUGGCCAAUGUUCAGUGCCAUGGAGGUAUUCAUAACCAGUUAUUGGCACGGGAGAUUUUAUUGGCAAAGGAUGAUGUCACAAGUUGGCAUUGUUCCUAUUCCUUUCCCGCCUAAGCUCAAGCAUAUCAUCUUUGUCAGUUGGAAUGGACCGGAUUCUCAAAACGCGUACCUUGUAAAACAAUUUGCCAGCGUUGGUAUCAAAUGCUUAUUCGAAUUCGAAAUGACAACGCAACAGAUCCUGUGGCCGUAUAUUUCAUUUGCUAUUGCGGUGGCCUUUGGUCUAUAUGAUAGUUGCAAGAAAUUAUUUCCAGCUGCGGACUAA